GAAGGGCAACAAUGCAUACGAAAAUAUUAUGUACAAAUUUCUAAAUUCCUAGUACAAUUCUGGCGUGGUUUUUGUGUCCCGUUUAGUUCGGAACUCUGUAGUCGAGCUUGAACAAGAAGAAUGGAAACUUUGUCGAUGAUAAGUGCGUCCAUACUUCAGAAGAGUAGAGGCAGGGGCAGAACUUAAUUUUCUGUAUUCGACUUGGAGCAUAAAAAAUUUCUCCUGCAUAGAGGGCAAGAUUUAUACCCCAUGCUAUGAAUUAUUUCUCCCUGUAAAAAGUCCUGGAAAUUCGAAACCGUAUACAAGAAAGAUCAACGAAAGCGUAUUUCGAUUAAAUGAACUUUAGUCAGAACACUCGAAACUGACAGGAAGAGUGGCUAAUCAAAUCAAAUAGCAGAAAUGACAGAACAGAAAGGCCAAAAUGUGAAAAAACGAAGGCAAAUCGAACAAGAGGUUCUUUUCCUGGACGAGUGAUCUUAGGAAUUUUUUCUCGAGAAUUCUUAGACAACCCUUUAUUCCAGGGGACUUGGUUUAAUUUAGAGCCAAAUGCGUUUAUCUAAUCAAAACCAAAUUCAAAUUCAAGCAUUAAACUAAAUGCCAUUUUCGUAUCAUCUGAGUCUGCUGUGCCCAGUCUAAGUUGUUGAAUUUAGACGGGACGAUUCAUUCACGGGGAGUUGGGUUUGGAUUUAGAAGAGGAAAGCAAAUAGUUUAAUACUAGCCUGAGGUUAGUUAGGUAUAGAUAUUGGUUUUGGAGCCAGAUUUGAGAGUGAUCUUACUCUUACUCAACCCAAAAAGAAAAAAUCCAACUUACUCUUCGAUCUUCCUAGAUCGACGACACCAUUGGGAAUUGUCAAGGUUCCUUGGGCUUGAAUGGGAUUUUAUACAAAUGGAAAUGGCCUAUAAAAUCAAACAAAACGGUAAAAUGAAACGUUUGAGCUUUAACAACGAAGUAAGCUCCGAAACAUGAAACAGACCCCUAAAAUCCCCCCUUCUAUUUAUGGAAAAUGCUUUCCCUUAUUUACUUCUCUCUCUCUCUCAAGCAAAGCACAGCAUAGUCAGUCAACCCAAACAAAAAGGUAAUGAAUGAUACUCAAGACCAUUCCAGAGGCAAAAGCAAAGCACCUAAUAAUGCAACAGUAUAACCAAAGAAAAAACGUCUCUGGAUGCUCAUGCAACAAUCAUAACAAUUCAAUCAAACAAAAUCACACGAAAACAGGUGAAAAAAGACAACUCUUUUGUUUUGUUAACAGCCACUAUGGGACUCUGCCAAUCUCGGGGAUUCUGCUUGGGAAAAUCCAAGUCUAAUGAAAUCCCAAUCACUUCCUCAUCCGAUUCUUCUCCUCGCCCAUAUCAACUAUUGCCCAAAACAGCCGAAGAACAGUUUAACCCAACUCUACAAAAACCAGCCAUGGAAAACCAAAAUCCUUCUUUUCCUAAAGCUCUUUCAACAUCCCUGAUUGAAACCACUUUGCUCAAACCUUAUGUUGACAUCACCACCAUUUAUGAUAUUGACAAAGAGUUGAGAAGAGAUCAGUUUGGCAUCACUUAUCUUUGCACUGAAAAGGCAACAGGGAGAAAAUACGCCUGCAAUUCUAUUUCGAGGCAUAAACUAACCACUGACAAGGACGUAGAAGAUGUUAGAAGAGAGAUUUUGAUACUAAAGCAUCUAGCUGGGCAACCAAAUAUUGUUGAGUUCAAAGAUGCCUAUGAAGAUGAGCAUUCUCUGCAUUUGGUAAUGGAGUUGUGUUCAGGUGGCGAUCUUUUGGAUCGGAUCAUAGCUAAAGGGCGUUAUUCAGAACCUCAAGCGGCUUCAAUUUGUAGGCAGAUUGUGAAUGUGGUGCAUAUCUGUCAUUUUAUGGGGGUUAUGCAUAGAGACUUGAAGCCUGAGAAUUUCUUGAUGGUUAGCAAGGAUUUGAAUUCUCCAAUAAAGGCCACUGGUUUUGGACUCUCUGUCUUCAUUGAGGAAGGUAGAAUGUAUAGGGACCUUGUUGGAAGUACAUAUUAUGUUGCACCAGAGGUGUUACAGCGGAAAUAUGGCAAGGAGAUUGAUAUGUGGAGUGCUGGAGCCAUUUUAUACAUUCUUCUUAGUGGAGUGCCUCCAUUUUGGGGUGAGACUGAGAAAGAAAUCUUUAAAGCAGUUUUAGAAGGUAAUCUGGACUUGAAAAGCCAGCCAUGGCCAUCUAUAUCUGAUGGUGCAAAGGACCUCAUCAGGAAGAUGCUAGCAAGGGACCCUAAGAAACGGAUUACAGCUGCCCAAGCCCUAGAACACCCAUGGAUGAAUGUGGGUAGUGAUGCAUCUGACAAACCUAUUCAAAGUGCUCUUCUUAGUAGGCUGAAGCAGUUCAGAGUAAUGAACAAGCUCAAAAAGCUUGCCUUAAAGGUGAUAGCAGAAAGCCUAUCAUCAGAAGAGAUCAAGGGCUUGAAUCACAUGUUCAGAAACUUCGACACAAACGGAAGUGGUACAAUAACUGUAGAAGAACUCAGGGAUGGAUUAGCUCGAUUGGGAUCUAAGCUAACGGAAACAGAAAUAAAGCAACUUAUGGAUGCUGCUGAUGUUGACAAGAGUGGAGCCAUUGAUUACAUUGAAUUUAUCACUGCUACAAUGGAUCGACAUAGGCUUGAUAGGGAAGAAAAUAUACACAAGGCGUUCCGCUUCUUUGACAAAGAUGGUAGUGGGUUUAUCACAAGAGAUGAAUUAAGACAAGCCAUGAGCGAGUAUGGAAUGGGAGAUGAGGCUACAGUAGAUGAAGUGAUUGAGGAUGUUGAUACUGAUAAGGAUGGGAGAAUCAAUUAUGAGGAGUUUGUAGCCAUGAUGAAAAGAGGAACUCAAGAGGGGAAUGGGAAAUAAAGACACAGUAACUGCUCGUUGUAACCAU